UUUAUUUAGUGGCCCAUCAAACCCACGCACGGCCGGCUCCUUGCAGACGCUCUCUUCCUCGCAGCCCCGCUCAGGCUCGGUCCUCAGCGCAGAUCUUCUUCCGCGCGUCGGCGGCUCCCCUUCGACGGCGUCCAGCGACGGAGGGGCAGUCCCAGUCUCGGCGGCGGCGUCGGCGGCUCCCCCUCCCGCCUCUCGCCAGUCGCCUCGCGCCUUCGCCUCCGUCCUCCGCGCACCGGCCGGCGACCCUGCGUACGCACCUCCCUCUCCCCCUCCCGCCUCUGCUGUAACGUGGGAGCCCGGCCAGCUGCCCAGGGUGGCCGGGCCUUGGCUCCGCCGGUGGCUUGCGGAGAUGGCGACCGCGGGGGUGGGUGCUGUUCUUGCUGUGGUGGUUUUGGCUUGUGCACUGGGAGCCAGAGCUGAUGGAUCUGAUCACAAGUACAAGGAAGGGGAUCAUGUUCCGCUCUAUGCCAACAAGGUCGGGCCUUUCCACAAUCCAAGUGAGACGUACCGGUACUAUGAUCUACCCUUUUGUGCACCAGAACAUCCAAAGGACAAAAAGGAAGCUCUUGGCGAGGUUCUAAAUGGUGACCGGUUGGUUGAUGCCCCAUAUGAGUUGGACUUCAAGGAAGAUAGGAACUCCAAGGUUCUCUGCAAGAAAGUAUUGUCAAAACAGCAAGUUGCCAAGCUCCGGGAUGCAGUUGCCAAGGAUUACUACUUCCAGAUGUACUACGAUGAUUUGCCGUUAUGGGGAUUCCUUGGUAAACUGGACAAGGACAAGGAGCAAGGAGAUGCGAAGUACCUACUGUUUAAACACAUCCACUUUGACAUCAUGUACAAUGAUAACCGUGUCAUAGAAAUAAAUGUACAGACUGAUCCAAAUGUGGCUGUGGAUAUCACAGAGGACAAGGAAGUGCCAAUAGAGUUCUCUUAUUCAGUGACAUGGAAAAAGACAGAUAUUCCUUUUGAGAAAAGAAUGGAUAAGUACUCCAAGUCUUCCUCUAUGCCACAACAUCUAGAGAUCCAUUGGUUUUCCAUAAUUAACUCGUGUGUUACAGUUCUCCUCCUGACUGGUUUCCUGGCUACAAUCCUGAUGCGUGUUCUCAAGAACGAUUUCAUCAAGUAUUCUCAUGAAGAUGAGUCCCUUGAAGACCAAGAGGAGACUGGAUGGAAGUAUAUUCACGGUGAUGUCUUCCGUUUCCCCAAACAGAAGUCCAUUUUUGCAGCAAUUAUUGGAUCUGGAACUCAGCUUCUUGCCCUUGCAAUUUUUAUCUUCCUCCUCGCUCUUGUUGGUGUCUUUUAUCCAUACAACCGGGGAGCUCUUUUUACUGCCCUUGUUGUCAUCUAUGCUCUUACGUCCGGUAUUGCUGGAUACACAGCCACUUCUUUCUAUCUGCAACUGGAGGGAACAAACUGGGUUAGGAAUCUAAUAUUGACUGGCUGCUUAUUCUGUGGACCUCUCUUCUUGACAUUCUGUUUCCUAAAUACAGUUGCAAUAGCGUACAGUGCUACAGCAGCUUUGCCUUUCGGCACUAUCAUUGUCAUUAUCCUCAUCUGGGCACUUGUAACCUCUCCUCUCCUUGUGUUGGGUGGUAUAGCCGGGAAAAAUAGUAAUACAGAAUUCCAAGCCCCCUGCCGCACAACCAAGUACCCGAGGGAAAUCCCUCAGCUUCCAUGGUACCGAAGCACCAUUCCUCAGAUGGCAAUGGCAGGGUUCCUCCCUUUCAGCGCAAUUUACAUCGAGCUGUACUACAUAUUUGCCAGUAUCUGGGGGCAUAAGAUAUACACCAUCUACAGCAUUCUCUUUAUUGUGUUCAUUAUCCUCAUCAUUGUCACUGCCUUUGUCACAGUGGCACUUACGUACUUCCAGCUUGCUGUUGAGGAUCAUGAGUGGUGGUGGAGAUCUGUCCUGUGUGGAGGCUCCACGGGCAUAUUCAUCUUCUUCUACUGCAUCUACUACUACCAUGCGCGGUCCGACAUGUCAGGCUUCAUGCAGACAUCCUUCUUCUUCGGCUACAUGACCUGCGUCUGCUUUGGCUUCUUCCUCAUGCUGGGCACCGUCGGUUUCCGCGCAUCGCUCUUCUUCGUGCGGCACAUCUACCGCUCCAUCAAGUGCGAGUAAACAUUGACUGUUGCCAGAUGUGCUCACGUGGUCCGACAUGUGAACCAGUUGGGUUGUGCCUGAAUUAUGCCCAAGCGCUAGCAUGCGCUCAAUAUGAACCUCUUCGCCUUUAGCCUUUAGCCUUUAUAUGUUGCAGCUCCCUGAAAGGAGGAUGUAUGUAGUGUAGGACUGUUACCAGAGGCAGUGUCUGUAUUAUUAUCUACACUUGUAGUCCAGUCAGUGUCACCCUAUAAUUUUGUUGCUAAACCCUGUGUCUUGCUCAGUAGAGCCCUGUUCGCUUGAAGUCCA